ACGCAGUCUAGGGUUUUUGCUUCUCCAUCGAUAACCUAGCACUCUAGCAGUCGCUCUUUCUCCUUUCAUCAAAUCCUAAUCCUUCAAACUAAACUCAGACUCUCAGUAAACAGACUCUAGGGUUUUUGCCUCUCAAUCUCAACCUAUCGAAUACCCAUCAGUCACUCCUGUCUUUCCAUCUCAACUUCUCCAUGGACAAUAAGAGGAAGAGGCGCGAGGAAUCCGAUGAUUCAGAUGCCUUAGUAAAGCCUAAGAAGCAGAAGAAGCGGAAGAAGCAGAAGAAGAAAAGUGAUCAAGAUAAAGUGACUGCCUUGAAAAAGAAAAUAGAUGAUUUAAGUAAUUGUCUGAACGAGAUGACUAAAAUUCUCAAAAAACUAAAGAAGAAUUCAGAUGAACUGGAGAUUUCACUGAAGGAGAAAGAAACUCCAAAGAAAGAGAUGGUAGAACAUAAGUGCUUAUUCGAAAGUAAUGAUUCAGAAAUGAAAAACCCGCAAACCAUUUACGUCAAGGGAUUCGAUUGUUUCUUUCCUAUUGAUGAUAUCAAGAGCGCUUUGAAAAACCACUUCAGUUCUUGUGGAGAGGUCUCAAGGAUUUUCGUUCCGUUUGAGUGUGAAACCGGUUCUCCCUUGGGAUUCGCUUUCAUUAAUAUGAGAAAAGAUGACAAGAAGGCGUUAACACUCGAUGGAAGUUACUUGGGAGGGCUGAGACUUGAGGUUACAAUGGCUAAAGGGAGAAACGGAUACAGUGGCUAUACUAACUUUAAUGGUUGUAAACGUUGUCGUAGUAAUUGGAUGAAGCGCCGUUCGGAACUCGAACGCUUCUUUCACAGAGGAUUCUCCCGAGACUUCCUUAUCAAACACGGCCUUAUUAAGACAGUCCCUUGAAGAUCAAGCAAUAAUGAACAACCACAACCACAGCCACAGCCAAUAGUGUGUUUGUUUCGCCGUUGCUGCUACUUGUUUACCGACCGAACUUCUAUAUAUUUCGUGUGUUCUAUGACAACUUGUAUUAUGGGGUUUCGUUUUAUUUAGUUGUAUAAUUUAUGCCUCAAUCAAAUGAUGAUACCUUUUUUUAUGAAA